AUGGAGGUGCGUAAUGCGAUGCAAACAGAUGAAUAUGAUUAUGACCCAAAAGACUACACUGAAGGUUAUCCUGAUGAAAGCGGAACAGCAUAUAUCUGUAACCUGAAUCUCAACCGUGAUAUGGAGAUAGUCAUACAGACCUACGUCCAUUCCUUCAUCUGUGCAUUCGGUCUCUGUGGCAAUGCAUUGGUGAUUGUCACAUAUGCCUUCUACAAGAGAGCCAAGACCAUGACGGACGUGUACCUCCUGAACGUGGCUGUGGCAGAUCUUCUGUUCAUCGUGACCCUGCCACUCAUCAUCUACAAUGAGAAGCAUGACUGGAGCAUGGGCUCAGUGGUCUGCAAGGCCCUACGAGGAGCCUACAGCAUCAACCUGUACAGUGGCAUGCUCCUGCUGGCCUGCAUCAGUGGAGACCGCUACAUCUCCAUCGUCCAGGCCAGGCGCUCCUUCGACCUCCGCUCCCGGACCCUGAUCUACAGCCGCCUCAUCUGCACUGCCAUCUGGGCUCUGGCCAUAGCCCUGUCUAUCCCCACAGUCAUCUACAACGAGCGGGUUGAGGAGACCAACAGGUUGGGAGAGACUAUAGCCGUGUGCCAGGCUCAGUUUGAAAGUAACAAGACCGCCCGGCUGAUAAAGGUGCUGGUACCCAGUCUGCAGAUGACCAUGGGGUUCUUCCUGCCCAUCCUGGUCAUGGUCCUCUGUUAUGCCAGCAUCAUCUGGACCCUCCUGAGGGCCCACAGCACCCAGAGGCACAAGGCAGUGCGUGUGGUCCUAGCUGUGGUUGUGGUCUUUAUUGUGUGCCACUUGCCCUACAACAUGGCCCUGCUCUACCACACAGUGGCUCUGUUCCAGCAGAGGGAGUGUGAGGGGGAGAAGGUCAUCCUCACCACCCUCACCACCACCAGGAGCGUGGCCUACCUCCACUGCUGCCUCAACCCCAUCCUGUACGCCUUCGUCGGGGUCAAGUUCAGGAACCACUUCAGGAAGAUCCUGGUGGAUCUGUGGUGCCUGGGCAGGAAGUACAUCUACCCCUCGGGUCGCUCCUCACGCAUGACCUCUGACCUCUAUAUCCCAGCUCGCAAGUCCACUGACUGA